CAGCUGUUAUCCCAGUUUAUCUCAUUAGAAAUGCAUGAGAAUGAGAUCAUGUUUUCAUUGAAGGUUUUUGUUUUGAGAAAGAUGUGACAAUUUUAUUACACAAAAAAAUAUGCCAAUUUUAAAAACAGUGCCUACUAUACUCAUAAUUUUGAUCUUACUCUUUUGCCUGAUUAUCGUAUACUGCAUUUUAUGUUGUGAUCAAAAGUCUGAGGAUAUUGCCAAUACUGCCAUUCCCGCCCAGGACUCCAGUGGGACAUCUUCCAGUUCUAGUCAACCACCAAUUCAAAGCAUUUCGAGCCGAGUCAGUAAUGAUCUUGAUCCGGGUGAUCAUGAGCCCCCAGAGCCUCCACCAACACCUAUUCUAGAACAGGAUCCGCCAUCCUACGAAGAAGUCAUGCAGAAUGAGGCACUGUACCGCUAUCCUCCAGCUAAUAGAUGAUUCCUCUUCCUCUUCCAAAAGUAUUAAAAAUAAUCUUAACCAUUCCUUUUAAAUUUUAAAUUUAAGUUGUAAAAAAUCAAAUGAAAUGUACCUGUAAAAAAAUUCUAAAAAGCAAUAGUUGCCGAUUUGGUUAUGAACGAGUUUAGUCGUCUCCGGACUUUAGUUGUAAGUAUGCCCAGCACAGAACCAAGCUUUGAGAAGUCUUUAAUUUAGAGCCCUCUAACCACACUUAUGCCCUAGACACACUUACGACUUAAGCCGAGAGACGACUUAGUGGAAAAUGAUGUAAAUGAAGUCUAACCAUUAUUUUGAAUAUAAUUACACUAAGCCUUCUCUCAGCUAAUCCUCAGGUCUGUCAAGGCCCUUACGAUUUGAGCCGAGAAACGGCUUAACUUCAUUACAAUCAAAAUAAUGAUAUCCGAUUAUAUUUCCAUCAAUUUCUGACUAAUUCGUCUCUCGGUUUAAGCCAGGAAACCUCUAGUUAGUGAGAAACUGAUGGGGAAUUUAGUAAAAUCAUUAUUUUGAUUACUGAGUCGUCUUUCGGCUUAAAGUCGUGUGUCUAGGGCAUAACCUUUAAAAGGCUUAUAAUGAGGACUUUGUGUUAAAAUUCCUGUAGUAGAUAGAAGUGAUAGAAGCUGUAAAAGCCCUCUAGAGAGCGGACCACGUACACUGUACAGUUUCAGUCACGAAACUAAGAGCGCUAUAAGCAGAUUAUAAGAAUUUCGGUUAUUUUAAGAAAAAAUGCUUCUUAAGCCUUAGGUCUGGAAGCCCGUAAUAGACAGUUAUUUUUUUUAAUCUGUUUCUCCAAGAGAAGCAAGAAUUAUUCUUAAAAAAAAUAUAACCUCAUAUUUUGAGGUUAUAUUUAAAAUCUAACCUCAAAAAAUUGUUAUAACCCUUAUAACCUUAUAACAGCAAAGUUCCAAAUUCAAAUAAACGUGCAAUUAACUUUCUUUAAGGCAAAACUCUAGAUUAGUACUCAAAACAAUUUAACAAAUAUUAAGUUACUGUUGUAUUUUUGCCUUUUCAAGGCUAUAAAUUAAAUUUAUCUCAAAUUUUAUAUGAUUGUUUUUUGGAUGAAUAAAUUAUUUUUGAUCAAAAA